GAGAGCACGCUCCGCAGCACUGCUGAUCCCAGCGCCCCACGCCCAGAUGUGAUUACUUUAAAACAUUUGGAAAGUAAUUUUAUUAAAUUGAUGUGGCCUCAUGGUUGAAAAGUUGUAUAUGCAUUUACUAACAUGUUUGAACAUGGAGAUACAUUAUACUUAUGACGAAUAAAUCUUAAGUACAGUUAGUUCGUCUACAGCAUUGUCGAGAUCGUUAAGUCUUGAGUGCCCUGUUGACGAGGAUCAGCUUGGCGUCGUCUGUUACAAGUGUAAAGUGAACGCUCGUGUUAUACACCUUCACAAGUGCAGGUAAAUGGAACUGGGACAAUGGAAUUGUGAAUAUCAACAGCCUUAUCGUUGAUGCCUGUUGAGGCAAAGAGUACUUUUAUUGCAACAUAGAGGACUAAUUGGGUAUUCAAAGUAUGGAUUGCACUGUCUGCAGAAGAUAAAAUCGGAUGAAUGAUGUGAAACAGUGAGCUAGACACUGGGAAGCAUGUGGCCUAGAGAAACGGUGACAGUGGCGCUGUGUCUGGGCGCUGUGCUCAGCACUCUGCUGGUGACGACAGCUUCAGAGCCCCACAGGAAGACUCCAAUUAUCACCACCAAGUACGGCCAGCUCCGCGGCUUCUACCGGCCGGUGACCGGCUACGGGAUACAGGUGGCCACUUACCUGGGUGUGCCAUACGCCACGCCCCCAGUGGGCGCCAACCGGUUCAGCCCCACUCGAACAUUAUCCCAGUGGGUGGGUGUGCAUGAGGCUACCCACUUCGGCCCUGCCUGUCCCCAGCGGCUGCCCGACAUCUCCAACGAAACGGCGGCGUUGUCGAGGAUGUCCCGAGGCCGUCUCCAAGCACUCAAACGCUACCUGCCCGCACUCAGACGCCAGAGUGAAGACUGCCUCUACCUUAAUCUCUACGUCCCGGUCGAAGACAGGCCAGCAGCCGCCUACCCUGUGGCGGUGUUCGUCCAUGGAGAGUCCUACGAGUGGGGCGCCUCCAGCCUCUAUGAUGGGUCUGUCCUGGCCGCCCUCGGCCGAGUCAUCGUCGUCACUAUCAACUACCGCCUCGGUAUACUCGGGUUCUUCAACCCUAAUGUGGACCCUGUGGGACGAGCCACAGUGGCCAACUAUGGCCUCAUGGACCAGCUGGCGGCUCUCCAUUGGGUACAAGAAAAUAUUGUGAGAUUCGGGGGUGACCCAGGUCACGUGACUGUCAUGGGUCACAGCACUGGUGCCGCCUGCCUCAACUUCCUGGUGAUCUCCCCAGCCGCUGCUGGAGCAGGACUGUUCAAGCGAGCUAUCCUCAUGUCUGGGUCAGCGUUGAGUUCCUGGGCAGCAGUGCAAGAACCAGUCUAUUAUGCAGUUCAAGCAGCCAGACAGUUGGGCUGCCAAGUCCCUGAUGACCUCUACCGUCACUACGAGGCCCUCUUACACUGCCUGCGUGAUCGUACCGUCGACCAGAUUCUGCAGGUGGAACUGGAGACCCCACAGUUUCUGUCAUCCAUUGGUCCCAGCGUGGAUGGGGUCACUAUACGACCUGACUGGAAGGAGCAGCACACAAAGAUGGGAGAGGAGGGGCGCACACCAGUCGACCUACUGCUUGGUGUUGCUGCCACCGACAUUCUCGAGGUGUUCAGUGAUGCGGAGAUCCAGCAUGGCUUUGAGGCAGAUCACAGAGAUCGGCUGCUGCGGACCUUUGUCACCAACAACUAUCGUUAUCACUUACAGGAAAUCGUGCUGGCUAUUACAGCAGAGUACACAGACUGGGCGCGGCCAGUUCAACACCCAGUACACAUUCGGGACCUGACGGCAGAGGCUCUCCACGAUGCUGCCUUUGUCUUCCCUGUCACAGUAGCUGCCAACCAGCUCUACACUCCCGCAAGAACAGCUUUCCUCUAUGUCUUGGACUACCGUCCGGAUGAGCCUGACCCUGAGGUUCGGGUUGCUCAGGACUCAACGAUCCAUCUCCAUUCAGACUGUUCCUCGGUGGUUCAUUGUCUGAACCGUGGGGGUCUCUUCAGUCCUUGGCUCUUUGAGGCUAGUAGUCGUGGUCGUGUGCGUGAUCAUUACCGUGCCGGGCGGGUGGCUCUGUGGUCCUGGCUGGUGCCAGGUCUGGAGAAAGUUGGUUCUCUCUACGGACUUGACUCUGCCUUCCAUAAAUUUCCUGACUAUGAAAAAUCUGACUCCUACUCUGGACCAACUCGACCAAGCAAUUUGUCGAGCAACUUACUGCCACCAUUCACUACUGUGGCACCCAGUAGUCCAGCAACAAUUACAACCGCCAAACACAACACUCAACCACCCACAGUGCUGGUGUUGGCCAACUCUAGUAAUGUAGCUGGUCUCAUGGAAGAUGUAUUACGAGGCCAGCAGCAACAGCAGCAGCAGCAGCAGGGACAUUUUCCUUACACUACUGCCCUGAGCCUCACUGUGGCUAUAGGCUGCUCAUUACUUGUACUGAACUUAAUUGUUUUUGCAGCCGUUUACUAUCGACGAGACACUUAUCGCCAUGCCCACAGCAAACCAGGAGGCCCCAUUAACCAUGAAAGUAGCAUGAAUGAGACUGGGAAUGGUGUUCAGCUUCGUAACACUGGCGAUAACUUUGGUAAGCCAUCAUCUCCUUCACACUGUGGCACACUGCGCUCGUCCUCAACACUGCGCAGCAGUCUGGCCACUUCAUGUGAUGGUGAGCCACAGCAUGAAUGGCCCCCAGACUACAGUAGCUGCUGUCAGAGUGGCCAAGGGAGUGCAGGGAGUGGGUUGAGCCCAGGGCACGAUGUAGCUAAUACUCGCCCACCCCACAAUGGAACAGUUCGUUCAGUCGCCAGGCCUCCCCCUCCACCCAGAUCUUCGUCAUACCCGUCCCAUGUAGAAGCUCAGCCCCUCCUCUCGCCGUCAGCUUUGCUGCAAAUCAGUAAUGCUGCUUGCUCAGAGAUGCGUGCCUGAGCUAUUAUCAAGCGUAUCAAUCAUGUACCUUGAUAUUUUACAGCUAUUUACUUCCUCAGUUGCAGGAAGUACACUGAAUUCAACAUCAGUUAGCCUAGCUAUAUGUUCUAGUUCAAUUAGGACAACAUUCUUAAUCUUACCUUGUAUUAAAACUCCUGUACAGUAUAGAUAUACAGUAACUUUUAAAGAAAUUAUAAAACCAGAUACCUGUAGUUGUAAUUUAAUCUUUGAUUUUUAUUUUAUUUUAUUUUAUUUAUUGGUCACUGUUCAAUAUAUUUGAACAACAUAGAGCUACAGCAUAGUAAGGCAAACUGUCAAACACUUUUCUGUGUUAUAUCUUAAAUUAUACACACCUAUGUAUAGAGAUAACACUUGGGCUUAAGUGUAUCAAAUCCAUACCCACUUCUAUGAUGUAAUUAGGUAUAAACAAAAUGACUUGCCACUAAUGUAUAAUAUUUUAUAAUCAUAGCUGAGAAAUUGUAAAAGCUAAUAUUAAUAAGGUCUGGUUAAUA